UUUUGCGCAUCCUCAAGCGACGCCGUCCGUCCGCUUUGCAUCCCGAACCGUCCAUCGCCCUAAACCCUCGCGCCUCGCUUGUCCGCCCUCGCCGUCCGGUGCAGCGCCGCCCAAAACCCUCUCGCCGGCGCCGCGGCAUCCACGAUCGAGGGCCGGGCACAGCCGCACAGGAAGCCAUCAGCGAUCGGCCGCGCCAUCACAGGUUAGGUUCUGUUCAUGUUCUUCUGCGUCGAUCCAUUUGUUUGGGACCUUCCUGUAUGAAUUGGCGCCACAACGGGUAAAAUGGAUCGCAUAUCCUGGUGGUUUGAGGAUUUGGGGAGAGGUAGAGCGACGGCGACGAUUUUCCUUGGAGAAGCAGGCUCGGCCGGAAAAGGGGAAGAGGAGCGGGAGAGUAUGAAGAGAUCGUGCCUUGUGCUCAUCCACAUCACACUUUCCCCCUGAGCACAUCCUGGUGCGUGGUUUCUGGAGCACGCAGUAGCCCCUGAGGAACCUGGAGCCUUGGAGGGCAUCGGCGCUUAUGAACUUGGCAAGGCCUAGGAACUUGCCCGCCGGAAGGGUCCUAGAUGCGGAGCAGCCCUCGCUAUGCGCCAAUAUGCUUGUGCACAGGGGUUGGAUGGAUCCUUUUGAAGUACAAUUUGGUGAUUCAAAUGAUUCUGGUCAAGGUGUCUGGAGUGAACUCAGCAAACGAGUUGUUGUAAAUUUGUCUCAGAGUGUUUUCUCCAUUGCUUCAUUCAAGGGAGAUGUGAUGCUAUGUGCAUGCUCAGGCAUAGUGAUACGAUGUGAACCACUCAUCACAACCUUGCUGACUUCAGCAAGCUUGUUGAGAUCUUCUCAUGAUGAAAGCAGGAUUGAAGAUGACUUGACGGUUGGUGCUGCUAAUCAUGUUCUACUUUUAGAGCAACUCCAACAGUUUAACUAAACUUGUUUUGUUAUGUAAAAAAUGAAAAGUUAACUCUAAAACAGAGUUCCAACAGACCUU